AGAGAAGAGCGCGUUAAGAAGAAUUCUAAAAGUGGAAAGUGAAGCGGAAACACUAAGAGAAGCACUUGAAUCACUGAAUUUAGGAUGGUUAUUAUUACACCUGGACGAGAGCGCAAAGGGAAUAAGGGAUAAAAAUAAGAGCAAGGAGGAGCAUAAUGAAUAUUUUAAUAGCUUGAUACGUGAUGUAAAAAGAAUGUCACUAGUUCUACACCCCGAUAAAACCAAGCAGCAAGGGUCUAAAGGACAAGUAUGCAUAAAUAAUGCUAUAGAAGGUCUAAAGAAAGCGCACAGUUACAUUAUGGAAGAGUAUGGCUACAUAAAAUGUUAUGGAGUGUAUAGGAUAUAUGGGGAGAUACCACUAAAUGAGCUAAUAAGUGGUAAUGACAUAUUUAAAACAAUAGGAGUAUCAGCUUUUAGCGGGAUACAUCCGAUAUUGUCAAAGUUAAGCUUUUUGGCACGUAGCGAAGAGGCAGCAGUUUUGGAUUAUAGGAACGAAUAUUUACAACAAGAAAAAAAUACGGCAAAAGUCAUAGAAGAAGGUAUAAAUGUGCUAAAAAGCAUGAAAGAGGAAAAAAUAGAAAGUUUUGCAAAUAAGGUAAAGGAGAAUAUCAGGAAGAGAGAAAAGGAGAAAAAAGGGUGGUACGUCUGGUUCUAUAAAAGUCUUGACUUAGAUUUUGAGUUUGAAGGAAAAGGUAAAGAGGGAAUACAAAAAAGUGUUGAUAUAUAUAUGAAGGUGCUAAAGUGUGGGUAUGAUAAGGAUUAUGCUUAUAGAUAUGAUCACGACUGGAUAGAGGAUAUAAGAGUUUUACUUGAAGAAUGUAAAGAGGAUAAAACAAAGACGCUGAGGAAUCUCGAGGGUGAAGUGGAAAAACUCCUAAAAGAGAGUGAAGAACAGCAUAAAAUGCUGCUAGGAGGAAGGAGUAAAAUAGGAGCAAAUGAAGUGUUAGUGCAGACUGUGCUGAUGUAUAAAGAAUUUACAUUUAUGUACUACAAGUUUUUUUUAGAGUUGAUGAAAUUACCACAGGAAGAAGUGGAAUCGAUAGUAGGGAAGAUAGACUCAAACUUUGUACAAGAGAGCAAGAUAAGAAUAGCCAAGCUAUCAGAAAUAGAAUUACUGGAAGUGAUGAGAAAUAUUUAUGAAGAAGCAAAAACAACGCAUGUACAGAGAUUUAAAGCCUAUUUUAUAAAACAAGAAGGGCCAGAAGAGAAGCAGAAGAGAAUUAUAGAAGAUUUUUCGAAUUGGAGCGGAGAUGAUAUACAGAUAAGGCACGUAAUAUUGUACGCACUAAAGCUAUUAGGAGAAAGACUUGACAAGAGAUUUCAGCAUAAAGAAACCGCUGAGGAGAGGUAUAACAGGGAAAUGGAAGAACGGGCACAAAUAAACGAACAACUUAAGCAAGAAAAAGAGCAAUAUAGGCAAGAAAAAGAGCAAUAUAGGCAAGAGAUAGAGCAAUAUAGGCAAGAAAAAGAGCAAUAUAGGCAAGAGAUAGAGCAAUAUAGGCAAGAAAAAGAGCAAAUUAAGCAAA